UGAAAUGUUUAUUGUAAAAGUUAAAUAAAUUUUUGUUUUCUCCAUAAUGCUUUAUUUUAUUCGUAACAUUCAUAAUCACAUUUAUAAAUUUAAUAGGUAACUAAUAUGCAGUUUCUAUGGAAAAAUAAUAACGAUAAAUAUUAACAUACAUUUUCGUUACUACAACAUUGAUUUGAUAAUAGCAGUGGAAUGUAUGGAAGUUACCUUGUAUAGAAAUGAAACAAAAAUAAAAUCAUUUUAAGGAAUUCGAGGAGUUUUAUAAACAUUAUGUGUUAUGUGAUAUAGUGAAGACUGUCUGCAGAAAAUUGAGAUACAAUGAUUCGUGUCAAUGUUUUGCCUAGAACUAUUCGGGAUGCCUGUGUAACUUCGUUUUUACUUGUAAUGGUCCCUUUGACGUAUUGGUUUGAGUUAUUCGUCGUUUUUCCGGUGUUUUUUAAACCAUGGGGUCUGCUGUACAUUAUACACAUAGGGUUAAGCUUGUUUCUAUUAUUUAACAUUAUUUCUAAUUUUUUUGCCAUAGUAUUUACCGACACCAGUAUUAGAGGUAGGAUGAUUUCCACUAAGUUAGACCCCGAAUGGCGAUUUUGUUAUUCUUGUGAGUCUGUGGCUCCACCACGUUCAUGGCAUUGUAGUGCUUGUGAUACUUGCAUUUUAAAGAGGGAUCAUCACUGUAUGUUUACGAGUUGCUGCAUUGGUCAUUUUAAUCAUAGAUACUUUUUCAUGUUUAUUUUUUAUAUUUUCAUUUCCCUUGCAUAUUGUCUAGUUUAUAAUACUCUGUAUUUUUGGAAUUUAGUAGAAUUUAGGUCUUGGAUGACAAUUGUCAAACUUUUAUUUCCCUUAGCGACUCUUUUUAUUGAUAACAGUUUAACUCAACUCAGCCUCUUUUUGUACUUAUUAUUAACAUUAAGCACCAUUUUGUGCGGGGUUCUUUUAUAUUAUCAUGGAGAUUUAAUGCUCAAAGGAAAAGUUAAUCAUGAAAGGAAAAGUAAAGACAGUAAGUACAAUCAAGGAAGAAAAAGAAAUGUUACAACAGUUCUUGGUGAACGAUGGCAUUUAGUGUGGAUUUCCCCGUUUAUUGAAAGUAAAUUGCCAGGAGACGGGAUUAACUGGACUGUAACUGAAAAUCACAAAACGCAGUAAAUGAUUUUAUUAAAUGUUAUAAUUGUUAUACGUAAGACACGAUUGUUAUUAAUGUUGUAAAGUGGACAUUUUGUCAUAAAUGUUUAUAAAGAGUUUUUGUCAAUUGAUUUUACUAUUUACUGUUGAAUAAAAUUGACUAAAUCUAUUUGAAAUUGUUUGCAAUAACGUUCUAUUGUUAAAAUUAUGUUACAAUUUUUUAAAACAAAACCUUAUGACUAAAUAUGCACUGCGCAGCAAAUCGCGCAUUACCGUUUCAUCAUUGCCAUACCAUAGAUAAUGCCAUACUCCCAGGUACAUGACACCAUAGUCAUAUAUUAAUGAACGUGCCUUAGCUGUAUGUCGUUGUAAUAAUUUCUUGGCUCGGAAAGGGAGAGAGAUGGCGUAUGGUUUCGGACUAGUGCUAUCUGUUUCAUGACACGCUUACGCACUAUCGUGAGAGAGAUGGAUAUUGUCCGAAACAUCGUUCCGUCUCUUUCUUAUGUUGUACUACAAUUCUAACCGCUAAGGCAUGUCAAUUAGCGCAGUUAACUACUGCACAUAUAAUACACAUAUAAUACGAAAGAUCACCCACUGCCACAGUGGUAUCCAUAUUUAGUUCUCACCUCUCUCCCCUCAUACACUAGAAUUGACAAACCUUUGUCUUUUUUAAUUCUGUCCAUAAAAUACUAUUUUUUUUUUUGAAGUGCACUAAUUUUUUAUUGAUUAUUCUCAGAAACACUAUAAUCAGUCAAAAACAUGUAUAGAUAUUUUACAGAUUGAUUAUUUAACGUCACUGAAGCGAGUGAGUGAAAAAUACUUAGUAAAUCCAGUUCUACAUUGACAUGGUAAAAAUUAAGUAGCCAUUAAAUUAAACUAAUAUGAUAUGAAUUGCGAUCAAUUCAAAAAACUAAUCCCACAGCCACAAGAGCAAUAUUCAUAAAGAAAGCGAAAUUGCCAAUUUACUAGAACAAAUUACUGAGCGGGCAUCAUCAACGUCUUACGCCUUUUAUAAAAUGUUUGGCAACGUUUCAUUAUUUCGUAUUAAAGUAAUCUACUGCGCAUGACUAAAAGUAUGCUACAAGUACAAGCUUUUAAAUGUAAGGGAUCGCCAUCUUUCGGUUCACUGUCUUUUAAUCUUUAGCGCAUGUGCGUCUGUUACUUAUAACUUGUGAAUGCAUAUUAAUGAUUGUGCGAAAUUAUUGCCAAAUUAAUUUGUUGUCGCGUCGGUAUAAUAAUAUAAGUGAGCGAUUUAAUCGCACUAUGCGAAAUACCUAGGGUAAUCGACAUAGUGGUGCUGGUAAG